AAUGAAAAAUGUAUUUUUGAAAAUAUCCUUUUAGUGGUGGUAAAGAUGAAAAAUAGUGUCAUGAAAAUGGUAAACAUGAAAUUUCCCCAAAAAAUAUUUACUGAAAAUUAUAAAAUUUAUACAUAUAUACUAUAAAAUGUUUAUUGGACCAUUUCAUUAAUAACCUAACCACUUAAAUUAAAUAAAAAUCUAUAAAUACUUCUUUCCUAUUUUGUAAAAAUCCCAAACUUAGAAUAUAUAUUUCCAUAAUCUUGCACUCUCUUAAUACUUUUCAAAACAGUAAUAAAUGUAUCCACCAUAUUUUAACAUUGGUGUUCUUACUAAAUAAUUAUCCAUAUUUUAACAAAUAUAUUUAUUUACAAAAACAUACAAAUAUAUUUGUAGAAGUUAUUUUUUCUGAGCAUAAAUAAUUUCUAUAAUAUUUUGAUAAGACUAUAAAUCAUAUAUAUGCACAUAACACAAUAACCAUGACCGAAAAACUUGCAUGUAGUGCUUGAAAAUCUCUUUCUUCUUUGAUAUGUGUUAAUUUUAUACCUCCGAUUUGAUUAUCUGAAUCAGUGGUUGCUUCUACAUAUUUUUAGUAAUAGAUAUCAAAUAAUAUACCAUAUAGAUAUAUAUUUAAAAUUAAUGGAAUCUAUAAAAAUUGAUUUUUGGUCUACACGGAUUAGAGAUUUAAUUGAAAUCGAUCAAAAAGGAGAUGAAUUUAAAUAACGGGUUUGUCUAUUUUAAUUCAUGAACAAAACAUCUGAUAAAUUUUUAUUAGAUUUCAUAAUGUAAAGCAUCCCACGCUUAGAAAACGCGGAUCAUAAUUUAGUUUUAUUCUUUAUUUCUGGCUUUUUAGUUGAAGGUACAACACGGAUUUUAGGUACAUUAACUUUUAUUCUUAAGUAUUGCAAAAUAAACAAUGUGUAAUUUGGGAUUCUGAUUGUGUUAAUAGUAUUAACUUAAUACCGUAGCAGUUUUAGGAAUUAAAAAAUUAAACAAAUCUGUUAGCCUUCACAUAAAAUUUUCUUUCAUCGUAUUUCAGUAUCAAUUAUUAUAUUUUCAUUCUAACUUUUCUUUAUAUAUAAUAAUUAGGUAGUAAUCUGCAUUAUGCACAGAGUGAAAUAGUUUAUUAGAUUAUUUAUUGUAUGUUGUACUAUGGAAUUUGUUAUAUAAUUUUUUUUGGAGAUGAGCAUUCAUAUAUCCAUUCAGAUUCAAUUAAUCUAUUCGGAUUCCAAAUUUUUAGGGUUAAAAAUUUAAAACAUAUUCGAAUAUUUACAAAUUUUGGUUUGUAUUUGGUUUGGAUCAUUGCGUAUUCGGUUUGGAUUUGAGUUCGGAUACCCAUUUUAAUUAUGUAUUUUUUAACAAAAUCCAAAUACACUUAAUAUUAAAAUAAUAUAAAACAAAAAAUUGAAUAAUGUAAGACUAAAUAUUUAAAUUUACAUAAAAAUUAGUUCAAUUUGAAUAUUUAGAUAGAGAACAAAUACAUAUUUUCAGUAUUUUGAACAGUUUCUGUUAUUUUUAGAUAUUUACUUGUGAUUAUGUUGAUAAUUUUUAGAUAUUUUCAUAUUUUUGAAUAUCUAAUAGGUAUACAAUUUAAAAUAAUUAACAUAUUUGAAUAUAUAAUUGCGAUUCAGAUAUUUUUGGUAUCCAAAAUAUUUUAGUUUGAAUCAGAUUUGGGUAUGGUUAUAUGGAUUUUAAACUUUUACAUCCAUUUGAGUACUUAAUUAGUUUAUUUUGUGUUUAAUAUUGCUUUCAAAUAUAGUUUAGUUCGGUUUCUUCGGAUCAAGAUGUUUUACACAGACUUACUUUCUUUUACCAAUAUACAAAAUCAAAUAAAUGCAAAACAAAUAUUUUCGGUUUAUUUAACAUACAUAAUUAUUGGACUAUACUUUAAAAAUACCAAUAAAAUGGUUGAGAAUCGUGUCAAUAUUUUUGAGCAUGUGGCAAAAUUGACGUAGUCUAAAACCAAUACCAUUUAUUUUCUUAUAAAAUACUCUUGGUAAAUAUAAUAAAAAUACUAUACAAUCGAGUGAAAAGUGUUAGAGUUGCUUGGAAAAUAAUGUGAUCUCUUCACCCAGCACCUGAAUUCCGCUUUUCAAUCGAUUUUAGGAAUUUUAUUUUCUUUUAAAACUUUUCUGAUUUUUUAUUUUUUCUUGCAAUCUGAUUAUGUUUCUAAUUUUUGGUCUGAUAUGAAAACUCCAUAAAGAAAACAAUAUUUCUCUUAACUAAAGAUCUGACUUUCUAUGUGGUAUGUUUUACUUUAAUUCAUAACCAAUCACAAUUAUUUAUUGUCUUCGUGUACAGAAGCCUCAACAAUGACUAAGUUCGGCAAGAUACAAAACUUUCAAUUUCUAAAACCAUUCUCAUUCCAUCAUUUUAGUUGAUGUGAAUCUGAAUUGUUUUUUAUUUUCUUUUUUUCAAAAUGAUAUUAUUCAGUAGUUAUACGGAGAGAAUUUCAGUACACUAAUUCAAAUGUUAAAAGUGCAAGCACUAAAACUGAGCUAAUUUUUUAAAAAAAAUUAGUGUAAAAACAUUAAAUUGUUUGUGGUAGAAUUAAAAAGUUAGUACGUGAACACAUUAAUUGUCAAAUGACUGUGAGACUGAUAUAUCAGCGUACUCAAAUUAAAAUUGAUGUGAGACUGUCAUGUGUUCAAUGUAGUGUAAAACCAAUAAAUGACAAUGAUUUUUUUUAAUAUAUAUGAGAUUAUUCAGUUUGCCAUAUUUUAAAAUCAUGAUUCUACAGAAGGAGGUGGAGAAGAGAAAGCAGGUGCUCACGCAUUGACCAAGAAGAAGUUUAAGCCACACCGUUUUAUUUAUAUAUAUAGUAACCCAAACCGGUUUAUUAAACCGUCUCCUUACACUUUAUUUGAGAACUAAAGAAUUCUAUUGCUAAAGCAAGAAACAAGUCAUAAGGAGAUUAAAAGUCAUCCAUAGACAUUUCAGUUUAUCCUAAAGGAGUAACCUUUUUUAAGUAAUUGAAGUACCUCAUCUUUAGUAAAAUUUCUAGGUAUAAGUAAUUAAACUUUUUUUUUCAAAAAAAGUAAUUAAACAUCUAAAAGGAGAAAUAUGUUCUAACUACAACUCUUUUUGAAAAAAGAUACUUCAUCCGUUUAAUUUUAGUGGUCGUUCUAGACUUAUGCAUACGAAUUAAAAAAACAUAUGAUUUUUUAUAUUUUCAAAACAAAAACACAAUUACCUAUACACCUAUGUACAAUAAAAUAUCAUCAAAUGCAUGAACACUUGAAAGUUCUGGAUAUUAAUAUUGAUAAAAUAUCAUCAGUUUUGACUUAUGUUAAAGUACUCUUAUCUAACAUUUCUGUGCAUCUCUAUUUCAGAACUCAAGAGUUCGAAUGCAAAAGUAAGAAACGAGGCAUCAAUGGGUUUAAAAUUCAUCAGUAGAUAUUUCAGUUUAUGCAAAAUGGUUACCAAAUAAAAAAUUUCUUUGCUAAACUUUCUAGGUAGAAGUAAUUAUACAAUUAGGAAAGAAAAACAUUUUUUUCUUCUUCUAUAAAACGUAAUAUUUCAGUUUAAAGUCUCUCUCUCUCUCUCUCUCUCUCUCUCUCUCUCUCUCUCUCUCUCUCUCUCUCUCUCUCUCUCUCUCUCUCUCUCUCUCUUCAGUACACCGGCCGAGGUACUCUUUUGAUUGCCCGUUUGGAUCAAAAAUCGAUAUAUUUGGUAUUAAAAAAAUAUUCAAAAAAAGAAAGCAAGUUUUCUUCUUUUAUAAAAAGAAAGAGAAAAUAAUAUGUUCUGACUCAAAAAAUUUCUUUAAAAAUACACAAACAAGUAAAGAAUUAUAAUAUCAACCACAAAAUUGUCUAUAUAAUAUUUUCAUAAUUUAUAAUAGCAUAAUUAAAAUAUAUUAAAAAAAAGAAGGAUGCUUAAAUUAACCAAACCAAAACUUGUAUUAUAGCAUCUCCACCACAAACGAAUUCUCAAUUUCCCAUGCUCUUGAAUAUUUAGAAUAAAAAUAAAAAUGGAUUCUUAAUUACUUAAAAACUCAUGGGAUGUUUUUACGAAUUCACAGCACAGUCACCAUCUCUAUUUUGCUCCAUAUUUUUUUUGAUGAUGGCAUAGAUCUCUACCAAAUGUAUUCUCACUGAAUAUUUUUUUAAAUACGAUUCUAACUUGAAAACUCAUGGAAAGUUUUUUUACUUUAUCCACCAUAUAGUUAUAUGAGUAGUUUCUACUAUUUUGAAUUUUGUUUGAAUUAGUAAUAUGACAAAGCUUCAAUAUUUGAGUAUUGUCGAAAACAGUUUUUUGUUCUUAAAAGAAACUUUACAGACAAAGAAAACAGUCAGUUACAAAAAAAAAAUACAGUCUUAUAUAUAUAUAUAUUAUGCAAGUGAAUAUAUAUAAAUAAGGUCUAGAAAAAAAACGGUAUAAACAAACAGUCAAAUACAGUAAAAACUCUGCAUGAAACUUGGUGUCAACCAAUCUUGUUACUAACAAGCUACUUCUCCUAAUCGUAAGCCAAACGAAGAUAAGAUCAAAAUUUAUUACACAAUACACGUAAUCCAACCCCUAAUUAUAGUGUCAUCACAUUAUCUAUUUAAAGAAUCGCAAAGUGAAUCCCAUUUUCAAAGUAAGCCACACCAUUCCUUCCUUCCUUCUAAGCAGAAGCAAAAACAAAAAUGGCAGGAGGAGCUUUUGUGUCAGAAGGAGGAAGUGGUGGAAGAGAUUAUGAAGGAGGAGUCACAGUUUUCGUUGUCAUAACAUGUAUGGUUGCGGCCAUGGGAGGUCUCCUCUUUGGUUAUGACCUUGGAAUCUCAGGAGGUGUGACAUCAAUGGAUGAGUUUCUUAGCAAGUUCUUCCCACAAUUAGAGAAGCAGAGGGUAAAGGCGAAGCACGAGACGGCUUACUGCAAAUUUGAUGACCAAAAGCUCCAAUUGUUUACUUCUUCUCUCUACUUAGCAGCUUUGGUAGCUUCCUUUGUGGCUUCGGUUGUUACUAGGAAGUAUGGACGAAAGGUUUCCAUGUUUACCGGUGGACUUGCUUUCCUCACCGGUGCACUAAUCAACGCCUUUGCCAUUAAUGUUACCAUGCUCAUCAUUGGUAGACUUUUGCUCGGUGUAGGUGUGGGAUUUGCUAAUCAGUCUACUCCGGUUUACCUCUCGGAAAUGGCUCCAGCAAAGAUAAGAGGAGCGCUAAACAUUUGUUUCCAGGUGGCUAUUACGUCUGGAAUCUUGGUGGCGAAUCUGAUCAACUAUGGAACAUCUAAUAUGGCUAAAAAUGGGUGGAGGGUUUCUUUAGGUUUAGCAUCUGUUCCAGCAAUUCUUAUGGUGAUCGGAUCAUUCUUUUUGCCCGAUACACCAAACUCAAUGCUUGAGAGAGGAAAAUACGAGGAAGCAAAACAAAUGUUGAAGAAAGUACGAGGAACAGAAAACGUUGACCAUGAGUUUCAGGAUAUACGCGAUGCAUGUGAAGCUGCUAAAAAGGUAGAACAUCCAUGGAAAAACAUCAGGCAGAGCAAAUACAGACCAGCUUUAGUCUUCUGCUCGGCCAUUCCCUUUUUCCAGCAGAUUACUGGAAUUAAUGUCAUUAUGUUCUACGCUCCUGUUCUCUUCAAGACUCUUGGUUUUGGAGAUGAUGCUGCUCUUAUGUCGGCUGUAAUAACUGGUGUAGUUAACGUGCUUGCGACCUUUGUCUCCCUAUACUCAGUUGAUAGAUUUGGAAGAAGGUUUCUCUUCCUUGAAGGUGGCAUUCAAAUGUUCAUAUGUCAGAUUCUUGUUGGUUCAUUUAUCGGUUUAAAAUUCGGAACCACGGGAACCGGAACCUUGACACCAGCAACAGCAGACUGGAUUCUUGUUUUCAUAUGUGUGUACGUUGCUGGAUUUGCAUGGUCAUGGGGUCCAUUGGGUUGGUUAGUACCCAGUGAGAUCUGUCCAUUGGAAAUCAGACCAGCGGGACAAGCCAUCAACGUCUCAGUCAACAUGUUCUUCACUUUCCUCAUCGGUCAAUUCUUCUUGACAAUGCUUUGUCACAUGAAGUUUGGUCUCUUCUACUUCUUUGCAGGCAUGGUUGCAAUCAUGACCAUCUUCAUCUACUUUUUGUUUCCGGAGACCAGAGGUGUUCCCAUUGAAGAGAUGGGAAGAGUUUGGAAGCAACAUUGGUUCUGGAAAAAUUACAUUCCAGAUGAUGCAGUUAUUGGUGGAAAUGAUGAAAACUAAACCAAUUAGUUUUAAGUGGAAUUGGUUUGGGCAUAUAUGUUUCUCAAUUAUGGGUUGUUGCGCUAGUCUUAAUUUUUUGUUAUAUCAUUUCUUCCACUAAUUUUACUCUCAUUCUCUCUACGCUCGUUUUACCCAAUCACACUCUAUAUGUUUAUGGUUUAGGGUUCCUCGAACUUGAAUACUAACAAUGAAACCAUAAAUCAAAAUCCUAUUAAAUAUACCCUAAACAGUAUUCCAUAAAAGAUAAAUCUAAACCCUAAGCUCUAGACCCUAACAGAAUAACCAGUAAACCCUAGACCAUAAACAUAAUUAAAAAAGCAUAAACUCAAACACUAUCAUGAAUCCUAAACCCAAAGAAAUAAUCCCUAAACCAUAAACCCAAACAAGAUAAUUAUGCAGUUAUAUAUCCGACUAAUAUAAUAUGUAGAUGUUAGAAUAUAACAUUUCAAAGUACAUAUACUUUAAUAGCCAGAUUAUUAUCAAAUGACUGGUGACAUAAAUUCAUAAACUUUAAAUUCUAAACUCUUAGCAAUAUACCAUAACCCUCGAAAGAAAAUUAUAAAACUCUAACCGUAAAUCAGGAAUCAUAAACUCUAAAUCCACAACAUAAUCCAUAGGCUCAGUUAUUGUUUUCGAAUUAAGCAUGAACAUUACUUGUAUAAAUAUUUUUUCUUGCUUAAAGCAUGUAUAAAUCUUAAAUGACAGAUUAUGUAUAAAUUAAGUAUACUAUUUUUUUUAAUUAAAUAAAAACACUCAGACUAAUAAUAAUGUGAUAUAGAAGGGGAAGGUGUGUUCACUAUAUUUCCAUAAAAAAUUAUUUACCAUUUAUCUGCUCAAAAUGGUUUUGGUUUACCUUAUUAACAUCACCUAUAUCUUAAUAUGUAUGAUCUAUUAAAACAGAAUCACAAAAUUUCAUCUAACUUGAUUCUAGGUAGAAUAUUUUUUUUAAAAACUAUACUUUAUAUAUUUCUCAUAACUUAUACUAUUAGUCUAUUAUUAACUAUUCACAUUUAAAUAUAGGCUAACGAUAGCUACAAAUAUCUGCAAUUUUCUUUUUGAAAUAUUACAAACUUUCAUAUUUUACUAACUAAAGAUUCUCAAAUAGUCAAUUAGAUUUACUUAAUCUCUAAUAUUCUAUUUCCUAAAUACUUUUAAAAACAUUUCCAAAAUGCGGUUAAAAUGUUUACCCCCAAAUAUUAAUUUAGUAUAUUUUAACAUGAAUAUUUAAUUAAAGUUUUCUAGUUUAUACUCAUAUGAUUUUAUUAACAUUUGUAUAUUUUAUGUAACAAAACAUUUUAAACCAUUAAUCAUAAAAAUUUUAAUGUGAGAUUUUUAAUAGUUUUAGUAAUUUAUAAUCAUUUUUUAAAAUUCAAUGCAAAUUUCAAAAUUAAAAUAUCCAGGUCUCAACAUUUUUUCAAUGCAAAUUUUGAAAUUAGCAUAUUUAUUUAUUUUAAUGGUAUAUAGUUUAAUUUAUACAUAUAUAUAUUUAAUCUGAAUAUAUAUCAAAUGAUACUUCAUAUUCAUAUGAUUUUAUGAUCAAUUGUAUCUUUUUAUAACAAAAAAUAAAUAAAACCAUUGUUCACAAAAAUUUUCAUUGUAAGACUUUUAAAAGUUUUAGUAAUUUAUAGUCAUUUUUGAACAUUCAAAAUAUAACAUAUUAAAAAAAAAUGAUUUUUUGUUAUAUGGUUAAUGUGAUUAUUUAAUUUUUUAAUAACAUAUAUUAAACGAAAAAUGAUGGAGGAUACAAAAACUAUUAUCAAAUUUUUAUUAUUCAAAAUUAUUAAUUGUCAUAUAUAUAUAUUAAUCAUAUUAGGUAAUUUUGUAUAUGCACUUCUAAUCAAUUUGAUAGCUAAUUUAAUAAAAUGUACUUCUAAUCAAUUUGAUAGUUAAUUUAAUAAAAUUUAUAAUAUAUAUUUAUGUGGACCAACUUAUUUUUUUAAGAAUUUUUAGAAUUAUCUUAGUGAUGACAGUCAGCAACACUUACAAAUGCCACUUCGAACGGUCGGUGGCCCCCUAGUCUCAUCCGAGAGUCUAAUAUCUUUGUAAUGCUCUUUUUCUUUGAAAAAAAAGAAGGAAGGAGUCUCACGCCGCUUACUCAAGCACUAGCAGCUUAUUUGUCCAUGUACCAGUAGAAGAUUCAGCAGCUACCGCAGCCCCUGCCUAAUAUCUGAUAUCUGUGUUACGAGGAACGAAGUUGGCUUCUCCCGUUGGUCAAUCGCCUUGCCCCUAACAGCUGAUUUACAAGCUAGUCCUCCAACUACUCUUACUGGAACAGAAAAGACUAGCACAAUAAUAUCGAUUCAUAAUGGAUUCAUAUUGAUACAGAAGAAAAGGUUCUCUAUCGAUUCAACAAGUGAUGUACUUAUGGGAAAGCGAUAGAGAAAGAGAAAAAAAAA